AUGCCCUUUCCAUUCACACUUCCAACGACAUCGGCCUUCUCGUUCUCUACAUUCUUCACAAGUGAUUCUCAUCCUUCAUUACCUCUUUCAGCAAGCACGUAUCGAGGUGUGUUGAGAGAUACUCUGAAGAAACACAAGCGUUUACCUCCCUCUGAGCAAUCUCCGCAUCUUGCUUCCGUUCUAUUGAGUCUGAACAAUUACAUUCCCUACCUCCUUGCUCUAGAUGACGGGCUAGGAAGCAAACAGGUCGCUGGAGAAGAGGUAGAUGUCGUUCUCAAAUCCACACCCACCUCAGAAUGGCGACCGACAUUAUCAGAGGCAGCCGUGCCAGGUCGUGAGAUGGGUCGACUCAAGAUCCAGUCCCUAGAAUACGAGACAUAUUUCGUUCUAUCAACUCUGUCUUAUACCUACACGCUUCUCUCUCGAGUCUCACUUCACCCUCUGUACUCCUCAGCAACAGCCUCGCCGAGUACAGAACAACGAACACUAGCCAUUACCACAGCCACAAAACAUCUCCUACAGGCAGCCUCAAUUCACGACUACUUGUCUACACGAUCUGAUCAGGUUUCAUCAGCUCCACCUUGUGUUGAUAUUGCCAAAUCGACCUUCAAAGCGCUCACUUCUCUCGCUCUAGCCGAGGCCACUCUCCUUGCCGUCCUGAAGGAUGAUCCAUAUCCUGCAGCGGUUGCCCAAGAUCGUAACAAGAAUGACAAAGAAUGGAUGAUCAAGGCACCUGAAAUUCCCAAGGUUCGAGCACAUCUGUUUGCUCGACUUUGUCUUGCAGCAGCUGAGCAUGCGGCGAAUACGCUUUCUUUGCUGCACACCAGCUCCGGAGCGACAAAGGGGAAGGUAGAUGGCGAUCUGUUGAAGUAUGUGGAAGAUUUGAGAAGAACGGGAAGAGGGAAAGCUUGUCGAUUCUUUGGUAUCGAUGCAGAAUUGGGAGGUCAGACUGGUGCUGCGAUUGCAUGGCUGAAGGCUGGAAUGCACGAACUCGGACUUGGUGCGAAAGGGGAAGCGAGGAAAGGUCUCGUAUUUGCAAGGAUGAAGAAAGGGUGGGAUGAGAAGAGGGAGGAUAAGCGUGUAGAGAAGGGUUCGCAUUGGGGAUCCGAUGCGGGGAGAUUCGAAGAAGGAAGAGUGAUUGAAAUGUUGGAGAAGAAAUGGACUAAGAUGAACGACACGAUAAAUACACAAGAAAUACCUCCGACUGGACCCCUUAUGGCCUCAAUGCCAUCUGGGAGAGAGAUGCAUAAAGUGACGCCUUUCGUACCACUUGUCCUUGAUACAUCGAUCUUGGAAAGCAUGCGAGCUCCGCCCGAUCGAGCUGAUGACUAUGGAGUUGAUGGGAGUUCGGAAGAUGAAGCGGAGGAACAGGCACCUGCAGGAGCAUUUCCAGGAACUAAAGGCGAUUACUCGGGUAGUGGUAGCUAUUAUUGA